AUGCUGAUUGCUUUGAUUGGCUCGCGAUAUGCUGGUAAAGAUACGAUUGCUCAACAUUUAGUCACUCAACAUGCUUUCAAAGAAGUUCGAAUCACAACUUCAAGAUCUGACGGGAUUGAUAUGAACCAGUCGACAUCCGAUAAAUUACGUUUUACCGAUCACGAUGGAUUUCUAGAUUAUUCAACUAAACAUUGGUCUCAUGACUUUGUUACAACAGACCUUCAAUCAAAAAUCGAAAUCGAAAAGUUUCUCAAGCGACCCUUCUUCGUCUUAGUCAAUGUCGAAGCACCAACACGCUCAAAUAUCAACCAGGAAUCCAUGAGAACACCAUUGAAAUCGAUCAUCCCUUUCGCAACUUAUACAAUCCUCAACAACUCAUCUUUAAAUGAUCUCUUAACUUCAAUCGAUCGAACUCAUCUACAAAAACUUCGAAAAGGCCUUAGACCAGAUUGGGAUCAAUAUUUCAUGACCUUGGCCAAUUUGGCUAGUUUAAGAAGUAAUUGUAUGAAACGCAGAGUAGGCGCUGUCUUGAUUACCAAGAGAGAUAAAAGGGUGUUAAGUACUGGUUACAAUGGUACACCAAGAGGAAUGACAAAUUGCAAUGAGGGCGGGUGUGCGAGAUUUUCAAAAUGUGGAACAGAUCUCAAUGAAUGUCUAUGUUUACAUGCAGAAGAGAACGCAUUACUAGAGGCUGGUAGAGAUCGAAUGGGUGCAGGAGAAGGAAGUACUUUGUAUUGUAACACAUGUCCUUGCCUACGAUGCAGUGUGAAGAUUGUACAAUGUGGAGUUAGAGAAGUCGUUUAUUCAUUUAGCUAUAGCAUGGAUAUUGGUACAGCUGCUGUGUUUGCUGAAGCAGGCGUUCAGCUGCGUCAAAUAUCUUUACCGUGA